CACAUACUGACCCAUUCUGUCAUUCGUCACCGUCGCCAAUAAUCCCCCUCCAACCUAUAAACCCCAAAUCAAACAUUAACAAACCACUCGUAUCCAGAUCCUUUGCCACAACCUCCGACCUCUCUUCCACAGAAAAUUUACCUACCGCCCCCAAAACCCUAAAAUCCCGUCUUGCCGAUGGCGAUACCCUCUAUGGUCUUUUCCUCCUCAGCUUCUCCCCAACCAUCGCCGAGAUAGCGGGUCUUGCGGGCUACGACUACGUGGUGGUUGACAUGGAGCACGGCCACGGCGGAGUCUCCGACGCUCUCCCUUGCCUCCGAGCUCUGGCAGCCACCGGCACUCCCGCGAUCCUCCGGCUGCCAGAAUCUUCGGCCAUGUGGGCCAAGAAGGCCCUGGAUCUGGGACCCCAGGGAAUCAUGUUCCCCAUGAUCGAGGGAGCUAAAUCGGCGAAGAAGGCUGUUUCGUACUGUCGAUUUCCGCCGGCUGGGGAGAGGGGAUCGGCGCACACUGUGGUGAGGGCGUCCAAGUACGGUAUCGACACGGGCUACCUCAGCAACUACGAGGAGGAGCUUCUGAUCAUGUGCCAGGUGGAAUCGGAGGAAGGCGUGAAGAAGAUCGAGGACAUUGCUGCCGUCGAUGGAGUGGAUUGUAUCCAAAUGGGUCCAUUGGAUCUGAGUGCGAGCUUGGGGUACUUGUGGGAUCCAGGGAAUAAGAAAGUGAGGGAAGUAAUGCGCACGGCGGAGAAGGGGGUCUUGGGAUCGGGGACGACGAAGAAAGAGAAAGGAGGAGGUGCGUACUUGGCCGGAUUUGCUAUGCCGCAUGAUAGCCCCGAUGAGAUGAGGGCGCGUGGGUAUCACAUGAUAUCGGGUGCGGUGGAUGUGGGGAUGUUUCGGAGUGCCGCCGUGGAGGAUGUGAGGAGGUUUAGGCUGGGUUCGAUGAAGGGUUCCGAUAACGACGAUGACGGAGACGGACGGCAGAAGCAGGUGGAUGGGGAUGGUAAGGACGACGACACUAAGUACUGGAGUGAGUGAGUGAGUGAGUGAGUGAGUGAGUAAUCCC